UACAUCCAUGCUUUCUGUACGAGCGCUGAGCAUCCUCCAGGUCGUGGUCCACUCCCUCCCCGGUGGUGUAAAACACUAAUUCUGCAGCUAAACAAUGGCACCCAAGAAGGACGUUAAGAAGCCCGAGCCUGCAAAGAAGGCCGAGCCCGCACCUGCACCUGCUCCUGAACCCGAGGCCAAACCCAAAGUGGCAGCAGUCGAUCUGGCUUCAGUCAAGGUUCAGUUCACCCCAGACCAGCUGGAGGACUACAAGGAAGCCUUUGGCCUUUUCGACAGAGUUGGUGACAACAAGAUCGCCUACAACCAGGUCGCUGACAUCAUGCGUGCUCUGGGCCAAAACCCCACCAACAAGGAAGUGAACCAUCUCCUGGGAAACCCUACUGCUGAGCAGCUGGCCAAUACAAGAGUGGAGUUCGAGGCUUUCCUGCCCAUGCUGCAGUACAUUGUGAACAGCCCCAACAAGGGUAGCUUUGAGGACUACGUUGAGGGUCUGCGCGUCUUUGACAAGGAGGGUAACGGCACAGUGAUGGGCGCUGAGCUGCGUAUUGUCCUCUCAACACUGGGUGAGAAAAUGACAGAGGUUGAGGUCGACGCUCUCAUGGCCGGUCAGGAGGACGAGAACGGCUGCGUCAACUACGAGGCUUUCGUGAAACACAUCUUGUCCGUGUAAGAGGAAUCGGUUGCGAGGAAGCUCGUCUAUUUCUCCCGACCCCAUGGUGUCAGGACGUCCAUGCACUGUGUCCACAACCAACUGGGAAAUGAAUUUAGAUGAAAGGACUAUGGGAUGUCAUUUUUAAGCCUUUCUUUUUGUCAAUGUUUUUCCCUUCUUUUUGUGUCCUCCUUUGGAAGCCUUUUUUUCAUAGUUGCUCGUGUCGGGCGAGUCUCUCCACAGUGGGGCAGUAACAAGGCAUAAAAACGGGGUGCUCUCUUCGACAGGGCACCUCAGACACAUAGACACACACACACAACCCCACACACACACACACACACACAUCCUCCUUGUCGUCCGAAGGUGCUACUAUACACCGCCUCCACUGUGGACUGGUUGCCGGACUGCCUUCUUCUUCCCUUUGCCUGAAGUCUUUAUUUAUUUUUCUCCUCUGUCAUUUCUCAUAAUAAACUUUUCACAAAUUCCA